AAAUCCAUUUCAUUUACAAGAAAUUUUUACCUGUCGACGUGAAAAAAAUUGGUGUAAUCAAAAUUAUAUAAAUGCUCGAUUUGGUUCACCACUUGCCAAUUAUUUACCAUAUUUGGUUUCAUCUCAAGUAGCUACAGCUCAUUUUCAACUUGUUCUAUCACGUGAUCAAGGUUCAAUUCUUCUUGAAAAUCCAUAUUAUGGUUUAAGAAAACCACUAGAUCAAUCUCGUUCAUCAUUAUUGUAUAUUACCGAUUUAUAUAUCAUGGGCGAAGUACUUGUUUUAGAAACACUUAUGCUACUUCAUUGGUGUCAAAAAAUGAAGUUAACAUCAGUUAUUCUACAUGGUUUUUCUUUUGGUGGACAUAUGACUUCAUUAGCAUUUACAAAAUGGCCUGAUCCACCUUCUCGACAAUUCUAUGAAAAUAAAGCCUCUCAAACAUUUUAUGAUUAUUUACGUGAACGAAAUCGAUCAAUAGACUCAAAUAAAAUUGUUCUCGAUCUUAUUAAAGAUAUGAUGCAUCUUCUUAUGGAUGAAUUUACAUCUUUAUAUAAUUAUUCAUGUUCACUUCAAUCAAACAUAUCUAAUGCUAUGUUUAUUGCUUGUACACAUCAUGGUAUUCCACAUAUGAAUGAUAUAUAG